AAAGACCAGAAUGUGCGCCAUAUUGUACACAACAUUUACCCAGUUAGCAAGCUAAAUUCAGUUGUGAUAACGUGAACUACUUGGAUGUUUGUUGUUGGCUGUUUUUACACUGAGGGAAAUUGUCUGAACCGUGCAAUGGACUGCUUGUUUGAAUCCUAUUGCCCCGACGUGGCAAGGAAAAUGCUAGAGACAGGGAGUGCUGAAAACGGGCGCACUGCAGUAGCUAACCUGCCAGUUAGCAUAUCAAGUCACGUGACAUAGAGCGCGACAUUUAAAGCAAAGUUUUUGACAAAUUUUAGACCACAAUUUGAAGUGUUAACUCAUGUAUAAUGUUCAGCCAAUCUAAGGAGAUUUCAAGAUGACCCACAGGCUAAACUUUCACUGUCUCCAGUGUUGGGUGAGAUGACCUCGUCCACCUUUGGCGGGUCGGCCCCUGUCGUCCCAAACCUGGAGCAUGGGAUGGGAAAGUCUGCCGCCAUGCUGGGGUUGUCUGCUGGGCUGGGUGGAGCAGAGAUGGAGAUGCAGAAAAUGCUCAUCAAUGAGAGGAUGAAAUGCGAAAACCACAGGACCAACUACCAGACGCUAAAGGCUGAACAUUCCAGCCUGCAGGAUGAGUUCACGCGGACACAGGUUGAGUGGAAGCGCCUGCUUAGCGACAGGCAGGCUCAGCAGGAGAAACUGCAACUGCUGUUGGCUGAGCUGCAAGGAGAGCUGCUGGACAAAACCAGGGAGCUGGAGGAGCUUCGACUGCAGGUAAUGACACCUCAGCGGUUGGAGUUACUCAGAGCUCAGGUGCAGCAGGAGAUGGAGGCUCCAGUCAGAGAGAGGUUCAACAAACUGGAGGAGGAGACAGAGAAGUACAGGUCUGAGUACAACAAGCUGCGGUAUGAGUACACUUUCCUCAAGUCCCAGUUUGACCACCAGAGAGAAGAACAUGCUCACAUAAUGGACCAGAAGAAGAUUCGCUAUGAGGCAGAGCUUUCUCGUCUGGAGAAGGACAGGGAGGACCUGGUGGCUCAGUACCAGGGUUCCGACCCACUGUGUGAUGGGAAACGUGUAGAGGCUCUGCUGAGGGAUAAAGCACAGCUCCAUCUGCGGUUAAAGGGGCUGGAGUCAGAGGUGGCUGAGCUUCGAGCCCAGAAAGAAAUCUCCGGUCAGCAGGCUGAGAAUGUGCAACGUAUCCAGAUCAGACAGCUAUCAGAGUCUCAGGCUACAGUGAAGUCACUGGAGGCAGAGCAUCAGUCAUUGCGCCUGCAGCUGGAGCGGACUGAGAGUGAGCUACAUCUGAGCGACGAGCAGAACAGCCAGCUCACUGGGCAACUGCACAAAGCUGAGAGAGAGGUCAACUCCCUCACCUGUCAGAUUGAAAGCCUGAAGCAUUCCAAUAAGAUGGAGGUGGCCAGUGUCAAACUGGAAUGUGCCCGCUCUAAAGGGGAGGUAGUGAGGGAGAGAGACACACUGCAGGGGCAGAUGGAUGGUCUGCAGGCAGAUGUGGAGGUCCUAAAAGCUGCAGUGGAGCGACACAAAGAAGUUCUGGUGGAGAAGGAGAGGGAGAUGGUCAGGAAAGUGCAGUCUGCCCAUGAGGAGGAGUUCCACAAAAUUGCAACUUUGCACGAGGAAAAGUUAGAGUUGGAGAACCGUCUUGCAGCACUGGAACAGCAGAGAGCGCUGAAGGAUGCUGCAGAUCAUGCCCAGAAUGAGGAGAGGGAAGAAUGUCUCCAUAGUGCCCAGCAAGGCGAGGAGUCAGCCCGCAGAGAAGUGCAGAACCUGAGAAACAAACUUCAGCAGCAAAGCUCACAGCUUGAUGAGCUGGAGACACAGAAAGCAGAAAUUGCUGAGCUACAGCAGCAGAACCAAGAUCUAGGUGUCCAGCUGGGGACGCUGUUGCACUCUGAAAGGGAUUUGAUGGAGACAAACCAGCACCUCAGUGAAACACUGGACAGGGUCAGGGAGGAGCUGAGGAUGGCCCGAGGCCAGGCUCAGAAAAGCCAACACGAGGCAGAUAGGAUGCUGGAAGACCGUCAGGUUGAAUGGUUUGAGGAGAAACACAAGCUGCAGGAGCGAGAGGUCGAGCUGCAGGAGAAAUACUCUCAGGUCAGAGAGAAACUGCAGAGAGCAGCAGUUGCUCAGAAGAAGAGGAAAACGCUGACAGAGAACAAAGAGAAGAGACUGCAGGAUAAGAUCCAGUUGCUGGAGGCAAAAAUAGAGGAACUGAAACUGGAAGCAGCUGCAACAAAGAAACGGUCAUCAUUCUCAGAGGAACAAACUCAACUCAGCAGACGGUUGAAGGAGCUGCAGCGACGACACAAUGAAUUUCGACGCCUCCUACUGGGUGGCCAGGGUCCUUUCAGUGUAGGCCCUGUGUUCCUGACUUCCUCACCCACCCCCUUCCUCUUCAGGUCUGAGGGGCCGUUAUCAAACAUCCCUGAGGAGGAAAUAAUCCCGAAUGCAACGCAGCAUCAGCACAGGAGGAACAGCAUCAGAGGGAGCUCUCUCUGCUGCGUAGGAGGCUGGAGGAUCUGGAAAGCACUCAGCAGCAGCAGCUGGAGGAACUGGGAUCUCUGGUGCAGAGGGACCGGGACCCCACUCUACAGCCUGACCUCUGACCACUACUUCCCAUAGGACUUGCAGUAUAAUUACAGAUUGAGAUGAAGCCCUUUUUUCACAUAAAGGACAGCAAC